AUGGAUAUGUGUAGAUUUGUAUUUUUAAGGACUGUGUUGUUUGUGCACGACACCUUCAAACAAUGCCGGCAAAUUAUGUUUCACGUUAUUUUCGAGCAAAUCAUCAUCGCGUCUGAUCUUUGCAACGUUUUGAAUUCAACUGAGGUUACAUUUGUUGUUAAGAAUUUUGAACUUCAGGCCCUUGAUAUCACAACACUAGACGUGUAUGUUGAUCAAGGUGUCAUAAUUCAUCACUGUCUUCAUGUUAUCUCGACAUAA